AUGGACGCAGUAGAAAGCUGUACUGAACGCAUUCGAAGAGAACCUUAUGAUCCUCAUCUGUGGGUUGAGCGGGGUAGCUAUCUCCUUGCGCUUAACUACCCAGAGCUUGCAGUAGGAGACGCAUGGAAAAGCCGCAUGUUAUUCCAUCGUGAUCUCAAAGGUAUCGGCGAGCAAGAUCGCAGUGCUAGAUUGCAGAUGUAUGACAUUCUCGGCCAAGCGCUUUACGAUUGCCACUGCCAUUGGGAGGCAGCCAGCUUCUGGGAAGAAGUCGCGAAAGAAUUUCCAGAUAGUCACGCAUGUGAAAAGGCCAUCGCUCUUCGAAGGCUCUUGGGGAGCAAGGACAAGCUCGCAACCCCACUAGGCGGUACUUGGCAGGAACGGAUGGACCGGCUUCGUGAUGGAUGCGUUACCAGUGUUCAUUAUCCAUGGAUACAAGAUCGUCAUCUUCGUCGAACACAAGAGCUUGUGAACGACGUGAACAAUGAACUCAAGCAAAAUACCCAACAGGCCCCAGCAUGUUACUUGGGCAGUAGCACCCUAGCGACUAGAGAUGACAUGCUUGGGAUGUUUGCAUCGCGAUACAUCCAACCAGGUGAAUGCAUACUCAUCGACCGUACAGCGACAGGGAUAUGCAGCAUUGUCGAACCUCUCAGUUGUUCGAAUUGCUUUUCGCACAUCGAGGGUCUGCCCAUGCGAGCUUCAUGUUGCUCAGAAUCCUACUGCUCUAGUGCAUGCCUCGGAUUGAGUAUGAACACUUAUCACAAAGUGCUUUGUGGACAAGACUUUUCCUGGCUAUCUCAGCCUGCGCAAGGGCUGCAGCACAACGCAUCAUCAUUGCGACCACUUCUGAUGCUGCGAUUCCUUGCGGCCUGCAUUCAAUCUAGCGCUGGAUCACACCCACUCGAUCACCCACUUCUUGCACGCCUCCAAUCACUCACCAGAAACAAUCAUGUGGACGUCUUUACGAUGAAAGAUUCCGUCAUCACGCCCUUAAGGAUACUUGAGCAGCUCGGCAUUGAUGUCUUCGCCAAUCUAAACUUCGACACAAUGGUUUUACAUACCAUAUGGACUCGCCUCGCAAACAACAAAGCCGGCUCUCCGGAUCCAGCACAUGGCUUUAUCGACGAGGUUACACCAUUCCUUUCUUUCUUCAAUCAUAGCUGCGAGCCAAAUGUGGAGUUCAUAAGGCAAACUGACAGCACAACGAUCUGUUUCUACGCAAAAAGAGGGUUGAAGAAAGGAGAGGAACUUUUCGUUAGCUAUUUGGAUGUGCAGGACAUGUCGCUGAAUGAAAGGACGGAGAUGUUAUGGCCGUGGUUUGAAGAAAUGUGUUUAUGUCCGAAAUGUAAGAGAGAGGCUAUGCAGAGGUCAUGA